AUGGCCUUUCGAUCAGAACCGUUGUCUGUCCAUCCCUUCCGCUCGUCUUCAUCCUCGUCUUCUGCUGCUGCUCCCGUAUUUGUCCGCCAGAGUGACCAUCAGGCUCACCACCUGAGUCGGGAUGAGUCCACGCUGGACGAGUCGACUCGGGCAUAUCGAACUACAGCUCUACGGCAAUCAAAUGGGACUCCGAAAUCCGCGGUGCAGUCUUGGAAGAACCGACAGGCCUUUCAUCCAGGUAUCCGACCCUCCACGCUGGCCUCGCAACCUGUGCUGGUGAGGGCCUAUUCUGGCGGCCCUGAGGAUUCCUCGCCCGCGCCCACCAUGUCUCUUCGACGGUCUUUUCCCUUCGUUCGGGGCUCUCGUCCUCAGCGACGGGUGCCUAUGUUUCCCUCCGACGAGGAGUUCAGUAUCGAUGGGAUUCUGCGCGCCAUCGAACCUAACAUUCGCACCACGCUGGAUUCGAUCGGAGAGAUCUGCGGACGCAGCAAACUCAGUUUGGCCAACGAGUAUGGCAGCCAUAUUGCACCGCUCGGGGAAAUUCGUGCUCCCCCGGGUGGGCUGUUGACCGUCGAGGAGACCAGCUCGGACCAUGAAAGGCAAGCGUCUGACAAUGUGGUCAUUUACGACGACGAGAACAGCGUGACGGAUGGGCGCGAUCACAUUUCAUUCUCCCACUAUGGAUAUUUCGAGCAUGCAAGACCGCCCAUGACCACGGCUCCUCCAUAUAGGGGAUUCCAGCGAGCCACGUUGCCUGCGGGCGACGUUUCGUCCAUGCCAGGCGAGUCUACCACUCUACGAUCUGCGCGAUUUAACCCGAUAUCAGAUCCCAACGCUGCUCUGAGACCAAGCGCUACCAGUGGAGAAUCUACAUCCCAGCGCCGAUCCUAUGGCCGAGCACUGCUGGGAAGGGAGCUCGGAUCCGAUCGAACCCAGGGUAUCUUAACACCGGCGCUAGUAUCGGAGAUUCUCCUCGACGCCCAAGCGGAUGGCCGCCCCGGGGCUGAUAUCCUGGGAGACCGUAGAAAUUCACCCGGGGGGGCACACCAGCCAUCAACAAUUGUCGAUGUGCGAGCCCUCUUUGGUUGGCUCAUGCAUUUCGCCGGCCAUGGGACAGAUUCGGGUGAGUCCAACCUCACAGCCGAGAUGAGAUUGCGAGCGAUGCUGGAACGGCCGAGGGAGCAAGUGUUGUCCGAUGUACACUCGAUUGGAUGA